GCCGCUGCGGCAGACGCUUAUUUCCUUUGUGGGAGCGAACCUUAGUUCUAUUCCCACUAGUCAUUGGCUUCUGAGUUGACGAGCAUAGGAACGAACUGGGGACCUCACCUAACCGUUUCUUAACAGCUCGGAAGCCAGUACUUUCAGACCGUUUUACUAAUGUAUAAACCGGACAUGUCCACGCGUUCGGCCAGCGGUUCAAAGGUUCCUCACGGUCGAGGACUCCAAAUGAACCAAGUGACGUCACGCGUAGUUUACGUAGUUUGGUCACGCAAGUCUAUCACAGUAUUAUUGUUUUUAGGAUGGCUCUUCUUGGGUGGAGUUUUUAUUCUUUACUGCUCAACACACGGGACAUCUGACUCGACGCCGGUCUCAUCUUUCCCACACGGUGACCGCGGUGACCUGAACGGGCAUUUGCCUUUGCUCGGUAAGGGUUUUGAAAACGGCAUCCAAGAAACGGUUAAUCGAGUCCUUGUUGUCACCUACGUGCGUUCUGGCUCUUCUUUUUUGGGAGACUUACUCUCCGCCAACCCGUCGACAUUCUAUGACUACGAGCCGCUUCACAUGUACACCCUGAGCCUUAGGCUAUACGGGGAAGGCUUCGAAAAGGCUUCAAGCACCGUGACUAACCUAUUCCGGUGCAACUUCGAACCCGAGACCGAGUACCUGAAGCACUCGUUAAAGAUGCCAUUCUUCAAACACAACGGGCACCUGUGGGAGAUGUGUCGCGGUAUCGUGGACGUCUGCCACCACCCGUCGUUUGUGUCCGCAAUCUGUCGCGAGAGUAAGCUACAUUUAAUGAAGCUUACUUUUAUGAGCAUCCGUCAAGUUCACCGAUGGAUGAACCUCAACGAGGACAUUAGCAAGACCAUGAGAGUGGUGCAUCUUGUCCGAGAUCCGAGGGCAGUUCUUGUUUCCCGAAGAGCUCGCCCGUGGUGCGUGCAAGCUUUUCAGUGUACCAACGUAGAAGCACUCUGCCAACAGUUACGGGAGGACUUGAACAACUUCGCGGCUCUUGAACAGGACUUCCCCGGCAAGGUUGUCCGAGUACGUCAUGAGGACAUUGCAUCCAACCCUUUCAUCCAAGCCAGAGACCUGUACGCGCGUCUUGGCCUUAACUUUUCAGUUCACGUUAAGCAUUUUAUAAGAACUCACACUGGGGGUGCGAAAGAAAACGAGCUUGGGAACCCGUACUCAACGAAGCGAGAGUCGGCCAAGACAAUUGCUGGUUGGACGAGCAAGUUGAACAUCAGCGAGGUCUUCAUGGUGCAGAGAUUUUGUUCCGAUGUAAUGUCACGACUUGGCUACAAGCUUGUGCAAAACGAGGGUCAACUUAAAAAUGGUUUAAUGAAUCAGUGGGUGGAUGUAGCUUACAAUGUCUAACUUGCUACGAGCACGAUAUUUUAGAACGAACCUAUAAUAUUUGUGUGGAAAACUUGUUCAAUAUUUUAUGCCUUACAUGUGUUAGACUUUUGUAUAUGUUUCUUAAUAACUUUGAUAUGUUUUCUCUGAACUGUAUCGAUUGUUUUAUAUUUUUGUACAGUGCAUGUUAUGAAUGCUGUUGAGUGUGAAGUGUGUUUGGUUUUUAUUAGACGUUCACAACUUGUACUAACGUUUUGUAUAGAUUUGCAACUUUGUUUUUGGCUGAAUUCGUGAAUAUUAAUGCUAUAAUUUUGGUUCUUUUGUAUUGUUUGAUGUUUCACAGUUGCGAGUUAUUUGAAGGGGGCCAUGGACUCGUAGAGCUCUGUCUUUUCAGCUUUUUUCGGUCUUUUUCUGUCAUGCACAAGAUAUAAAAUAUACAUUUUGUAUGUAUGUAUAAUGGUUGAACGUUUUGAAUAGGUAAAUUGCAUAUAACUAUAAUUGUUAUUUUUGAUUGGUAUCAUACUGGUACACGAAUUGACGUGAAAACUAUACGCGAUUGAAAUGUAUUACCAGAAGUUGUUCAUGUGACCAAUGCUGACAGAUUUUAAGCUAUAAUAAAAAUAACAAUAUUGUGGAACAUGUUUCUUACUUGUUUAUGUGAGUGUGUUGUUUAUGUUUUUUCACUCACGAACUUCCUUGCACAAUGCUUAACGGCGCAGCAGGUAUACGCUUAAAAGAAAAACUCUGUCGAAGACCCUAGUAGAUCGCUAUUUACAGUGUAGAAAUCGCAUUUCAUUUUUUUACAUACUUUUUUAGAAGUGAAAUGUUUACUUCCUUUUACUCCUGUCGAGCAUGUGGGAUAGUCUGGUAGCUGAUCGUUAGGCAAGUACUUAAUAUUGUGCACGUGUUUCUUUUUAGAAAUCAAAGACAUUAAACUCCAAACUAAAAUUUGCCCAAGACAAGAGAUUUACCAAUGCUGUACUAUAUUGCAUGCUGAGCUCUGCAUAAAAUACGCAAAAAUGCGCCACACAUGCCGCCAUCUAAGCCGUGUUGAUUGAGACAAAGCCAAGUUAUAAGACAGGUUAAAUGCAAUGUGAAAUGUGUCACUUUGCAAGACUUGUUAAACUUUAUUCCUUCUGUAAAAUUUUAAACGACGGCAUUUUUAUAUUUCUUGAGCUUAUACUGUCCCAUCAACCUUAAGCAGAGCUUCUCCUGUAAAGUUGUUAAAACCAUGACAUUUUAAUAUUAUGCUAUUCUGUGUUGAAUAAAAAAUGCAUACUACAUUU